AUGCAAUCUAUGCACGGUAAAACAGUUCUUAUUACUGGUGGUAAUGCUGGUAUUGGAUAUGAAACAGCUAAAGAUCUUCUUCGACGAGGCGCUCGUGUUAUUAUCGCUUGUCGUAAUAUGGAUAAAGGUCAUCAAGCAUUAAUAAAACUUUGUUUUGAAACUAAAUGUAACGAGAAAAAUAUCCGAUUAAUGGAAUGUGAUUUAUCUUCUUUUGAUUCUGUUCGUAAAUUUGCUAAAUUAUAUAACAGUGAAGAAGAUAGACUUGAUGUAUUGAUUUGUAAUGCUGGUCUUAUUUAUGCACCGAAUAUUUAUAGUAAAGAUGGAUUGAAUUAUGUCAUGCAAACUAAUUAUCUGGGUCAUUUUCUAUUAACAAAUCUUCUUCUGGAUAAAUUAAAAAAAUGCAAACCCAGUCGAAUUAUUAAUGUCUCAUCUAUUGCACAUAAAUAUCCUCGAACGAACGAAGGAUUGACAGCAUUAACAAAUUUUAAAACAGAUGCUCUGUGGGGUUCUUAUUGUCCGUCUAAAGCAUGUCAGAUUUUAUCAUCCUACAAACUUAAACAUGAUCUACUUAAUCAAGGUGUUCAUGUAUUUGCAUUAAAUCCAGGAUGGGUAUGGACUUCUUUUCAAGAUCCAUUACGCCCAGCAGUUGGUAUAUGGCUCUUUCCUAUUGUUUAUCCAUUACUACGUAUUCUUAAAUUUAUUUUUGCUAAAACACCGUAUGUAGGUGCUCGUACAACUGUCUAUUGUGCUGUUGAACCAUCAUUAGAACAAUCCAGUGAUUUGUAUUAUGAGAACUGUGCACCUGCUAAACCUAUUCCAUUAUGUACAGAUGAAAAAUCGGCCGAAUAUUUAUGGAAAAUAAGUUGUGAAACAGUUGGAUUGUAG